AAGAUUUUGCUAUCUUAAUUAAAGAGCAGACGAUACAUUUUCAAAACGAGAAAUGAAAACAGUCGAGAAAUCCGAGAAUUUAUUCUUCAGAUUUGACAAUUCCUUCGGUUUAAUAGAAAAUUUAGGUCAUGAUCAUGGAUCUUGAAUCAUCGAGACUAGGUCCUUGCAAUCGGUGCCAAAAGCCUGACACAUCGAUUAUUAUAGCAUGCACUCCAUUGUCCAUAAAAGCGCCUCAAUUUUCGAAUGUAGGGGGUGAGAUUCUUCUACGUUGGUUUCUUAUUCCAAUAGUUGAAUUUCUCUUCUAGAGUCUUUCCAUGUCCAUCCACAAAUACUGAAGAGUGUGUCAUGUAUCUAUGAUCCAUCUAUCAUACAUCUCUCUGAAGUUGUGACAUGAUCUAGAGAUUGUCGAUUGCUCUGCUGGUAUUUCUUCUGGUUAUAACAAAGAUAGCUAUUGUUGUUCAUCGUUCAGAAGCCCGUUCGUAAAAAGUUUCCUUUAAUUUUUAUUCAUUCUCUCUUACUUUACUUUUAUUUUAUAUUUUAUUUUAGCUUAUUCAACUUCUGUAUUAAAUAUGAUUAAUUUAAAUAUGAUUAAUAUUAAUAAAGUAGGAAAAAAGGAUAAUAUGAUAAAAAAAAAAUGAAACUCCAGUCUUACGUUUCCACAUCAAAGUGAAAUAGAGAACUUCAUUCUCUUUUUUUUUUUCAUUUCAUGCCUAUUGGCGUUCCAAAAGUACCUUUUCGAAGUCCUGGAGAAGGAGAUGUUUACAAUUCGCUUCAAAUCAAGCAUGACAUUUUAAUUUUGCAUGUCUGACAGUUUCUAUUGGAUCUGUGUCUAUCCAUUUGAAUAACUUAUCGUUCUACGCUUUCUAAAUAUACCUUAUUAUCCAUGGGUAUGGGUAUUUGUCCAGGUCAUGAUCUUCAAUAUUAGAACAGAUAAUCUAUACUUGUGUAUUGGUUUGCGCUGAGAAAUACCAAUGGUGGAGACGGGGUUAAUGCUAAAGACCAUGUUUGUAAAGCUGGAAGAUAUUCAAACACGGUAUGAUUAACAGUUUUAUUCUCUGCUUCAGUUUCCACAUCGAAGAUAGGAUAGUGAUUAUCGCAUCGCAUAUAGCGAUGUGUUAAGUUGCUUGUUACAGCUAGUUGACCUGAGAUCGUUUGCCAUAUAAGAUGACAACUAGUAAAUGUGAGAAGUUAGAACAUUUUAUUAGAUAGAAAUUAUUAUGUUGAUGAAAACUAAAAAAAUACACUAAUGCAAAGUGUGAAUGUCUAAAGCAGCCGCCAGCUACGAUAUUCAAAACACGACCCGAAAUGUAUGCUAAUCAUCAUUCACUGAUUUCAAAACAAGAAAAUACGAAGUCAUUACCAAAAACAUAAAUCUAUUUAAUAGUCUGUCAAAAAGAACAAAACAAGUAUUUGUUGCAUUAUGUUGUCAUGAUACAAUAUAUAAUAAACAUGUGAACAGCCGAGAGUUGAUUUAUCUGUCUUGUUCUCAACCGAUUAAUUUCGGGGAAUAGUAUGUGGUGGCUUUCUUCUUCCUGGCUCUCCGAGCUCUCAUGUUCUUCCACGGCGGUUAUAUCUGAACCAACAUCUACUGUAUCUAUAGCUAUCCAAUGGCUGAGAUUUGUUUUCCUCUCUCCGUGCCCUCAACGUGCUCUCUUCUCCGCCGUAGAUCUUUUAUUCGUGGUCGUCCUUGUCUUGUUCGCCCUUGGGAAGCUCUUUUCUUCGUCUUCUUCCUCAACCUCAGUCAACGUAGGAAACCUCUACUCGGAAGAAUCCAAACAAGAACAACCGCAUGGUUCAAAUCCACGGUCGUAGCCACCGUUUUACUGUCGGUUUGCUCCGUUGUGGUCUGUGUUUUGGCGUUCACGGAGAAGCAACGGACACAGAGACCAUGCAACGUUAUAAACCCGAUGUUUUGGCUAAUCCACGCCGUCACAAACGCCGUCACCGCAGUUCUUGUCCUCCACGAGAAGAGAUUCGCAGCUCUGAAGCAUCCCUUAUCUCUAAGAGUCUACUGGGUUUCAAGCUUCGUCGUGACAACUCUCUUCACCGUCUCCGGGAUUCUCCACGUACUCUCCGACGACUCAACCGCCGCGGUCCUGAAAGCAGAAGACGUCGCAUCGUUCUUCUCCUUCCCGUUGACCGCCUUUCUGCUCAUCGCUUCCGUCUUAGGAAGCACCGGCGUUGUCACAACGGAAGGGAACAACAACAACUACAGUGAUACGACGCCGUUUCGGAGAAAGCCGAUAACGUGUCUCUCUACGCCUCCGCUUCGGCUUUAUCCAAGACGUUCUGGUUAUGGAUGAAUCCUUUACUGAGCAAAGGCUACAAGUCACCGUUGACGCUUGAACAAGUCCCGACGCUUCUCUUCGAAUCAAACUGGCCGAAACCUUCCGACAACUCGAGGAGCCAUCCUGUCGGUACGACCAUACUCCGAUGUUUCUGGAAAGAGAUCCUCUUCACGGCGAUCCUCGCAGUCGUGCGUCUCGGCGUCAUGUACGUCGGUCCUGUUCUCAUCCAGAGCUUCGUCGAUUUCACCUCCGGCAAGAGAUCCUCGCCGUGGCAGGGGUACUACCUCGUCCUCAUCCUCCUUGUCGCCAAGUUCGUGGAGGUCUUGACGACGCAUCACUUUAACUUCAGCUCGCAGAAGCUUGGGAUGCUCAUAAGGUCGACUCUAAUCACCGCACUGUACAAGAAAGGUCUAAAGAUCACAAGCUCCGCGCGUCAGAGCCACGGCGUGGGUCAAAUCGUGAACUACAUGGCCGUGGAUGCGCAACAGCUCUCUGACAUGAUGCUUCAGCUCCACGCAAUCUGGCUUAUGCCCUUACAAGUGGCUCUUGCUUUAGUGCUUCUCUACGGAAGCCUAGGCCCGUCUGUUGUCACGGCCAUCAUCGGUCUAACCGGAGUGUUCGUAUUCGUCCUCCUGGGGACUAAGAGAAACAACAGAUACCAAUUUAGCUUGAUGGGAAACAGAGAUUCUCGGAUGAAGGCCACCAACGAGAUGCUUAACUACAUGCGAGUGAUCAAGUUCCAGGCUUGGGAGAAUCAUUUCAACAAGAGGAUCCUUGGAUUCAGGGACCUGGAGUUUGGUUGGCUCUCCAAGUUUCUCUACUCUAUUGCCGCAAACAUCAUUGUUCUCUGGAGCACGCCGGUUCUUAUCUCGGCUCUCACGUUCGCCACCGCGCUUUUCUUGGGAGUCAAGCUUGACGCUGGGACCGUGUUCACCACCACCACCAUUUUCAAGAUCUUGCAAGAACCCAUCAGGACCUUCCCUCAGUCUAUGAUCUCUCUCUCGCAGGCAAUGAUCUCUCUGGGAAGACUUGACUCCUACAUGAUGAGCAGAGAGCUGUCUAGCGACGAGGCCGUGGGUUGUGAUGGUAACAUUGCCGUGGAGGUAAGAGAUGGAAGCUUUAGUUGGGAUGAUGAGGACAACGUACCUGCACUCAAAGACAUCAACUUUAAGGUUAAUAAAGGAGAGCUCACAGCGAUUGUUGGGACCGUUGGUUCAGGAAAGUCUUCCUUGUUAGCUUCGGUUCUUGGCGAAAUGCACAGAAUCACGGGCCAGGUGAGUGUUUGUGGCAGCACAGGUUAUGUAGCGCAGACAUCAUGGAUCCAGAACGGCACGGUUCUAGACAACAUCUUGUUUGGUCUUCCGAUGGAUAGAGACAAGUAUAACCAAGUUCUCAAUGUCUGUUGUUUGGAGAAAGAUCUGGAAAUGAUGGAGUUUGGAGAUCAAACAGAGAUUGGAGAACGUGGAAUCAACCUCAGCGGAGGUCAGAAGCAGCGUAUACAGCUCGCACGUGCAGUUUACCAAGACUGCGAUGUUUACUUUCUUGAUGAUGUUUUCAGCGCCGUGGAUGCUCAUACCGGUUCAGACAUUUUCAAGAAUUGUGUAAGAGGAGUUCUGAAAGGCAAGACCGUCUUGCUCGUAACCCAUCAAGUGGACUUCUUGCACAACGUUGAUUGUAUUUUGGUGAUGCGGGAAGGGAAGAUUGUUGAAUCAGGAAGAUACGACGAGUUAGUCAGCUCCGGGUUGGAUUUCGGGGAGCUCGUGGCGGCACAUGAGACAUCAAUGGAGCUAGUUGAAGCCGGUGCAGAGUCUUCAGCGGCGGCAACAUCAAUCAUUACAUCCCCAAGAGCACCAACGUCUCCUCGUGUCAGCUCCCCAAGAACGUCCAUGGAGUCUCCUCACUUAAGUGAUCUUAAUGAGGAACACGUCAAGUCGUUUCUCCGCUCGAAGCUCAUCAAAGAAGAGGAAAGGGAGACCGGGCAGGUUAGUCUGCGAGUUUACAAACAGUAUUGCACCGAGGCCUAUGGCUGGUGGGGCAUUGUGUUUGUGGUGUUCUUCUCUCUAACAUGGCAAGGCUCUGUGAUGGCUAGCGACUACUGGCUCGCUUACGAAACAUCAGCCAACAAUGCAGUAUCGUUUGACGCCUCUGUUUUCAUUCGUGUAUACGUCAUUAUUGCGCUUGUUUCCAUCGUUUUGGUGAGUUUGCGCUCAUAUUACGUCACACACUUGGGACUCAAGACGGCUCAGAUCUUCUUCCGACAGAUUCUUAACAGUAUCUUACAUGCUCCCAUGUCGUUCUUCGACACCACACCAUCUGGAAGAAUCCUCAGCCGGGCAUCGACUGAUCAAACAAACGUUGAUAUCUUCAUUCCGUUCAUGCUCGGACUUGUGGCCUCAAUGUACACUACUCUGCUUAGCAUUUUCAUAGUUACUUGCCAGUACGCUUGGCCUACUAUUUUCUUUGUGAUUCCUCUUGGAUGGCUCAACAUUUGGUACCGGAACUAUUACCUAGCAUCUUCCCGCGAAUUAACACGCCUGGACUCCAUCACCAAGGCUCCUGUCAUCCACCAUUUCUCGGAGAGUAUAGCAGGAGUGAUGACAAUCAGGUCGUUCAGGAAACAUGAGUUGUUUAGGCAAGAGAAUGUGAAGCGUGUCAACGACAAUCUUAGGAUGGACUUCCACAACAACGGUUCAAACGAAUGGCUCGGGUUUCGGCUUGAGCUUAUUGGGAGCUGGGUGCUCUGCAUCUCAGCUCUGUUUAUGGUUAUGUUACCAAGCAACGUUAUCAAACCAGAAAAUGUCGGGUUGUCUCUUUCUUACGGGCUGUCUUUGAACUCGGUUCUGUUUUGGGCAAUCUACAUGAGCUGUUUUGUCGAAAACAAGAUGGUUUCUGUUGAAAGGAUCAAACAGUUCACUGAUAUUCCUGCUGAAGCCGAGUGGGAGAGCAAAGAAAACCUCCCACCUUCGAACUGGCCUUUCCAUGGCAAUGUACAUCUCGAAGACCUCAAGGUACGGUACAGGCCAAACACUCCACUUGUGCUCAAAGGAAUCACUCUAGACAUCAAAGGAGGAGAGAAAGUUGGUGUAGUUGGACGAACAGGAAGCGGGAAAUCGACGUUGAUCCAAGUCUUGUUCAGGCUUGUAGAACCAUCAGGAGGGAGGAUAAUCAUCGAUGGGAUUGAUAUAUGCAACCUAGGAUUACAUGAUCUCAGGUCAAGAUUCGGAAUCAUUCCUCAAGAACCAGUCCUCUUUGAAGGAACCGUGAGAAGCAACAUCGACCCAACAGAUCAAUACUCCGACGAAGAAAUCUGGAAGAGCCUUGAGCGAUGCCAACUAAAGGAUGUUGUUGCUACAAAGCCUGAGAAGCUCGAUUCUUUGGUGGUUGAUAGUGGUGAGAACUGGAGCGUAGGACAGAGGCAGCUUCUUUGUUUAGGCAGGGUUAUGCUGAAACGAAGCAGACUUCUGUUUCUAGACGAAGCAACUGCAUCUGUAGAUUCUCAAACCGAUGCAGUGAUUCAGAAGAUUAUUAGAGAAGACUUUGAGUCGUGUACCAUAGUUAGCAUCGCUCACAGGAUCCCAACAGUGAUGGACUGCGACCGAGUACUCGUCAUAGACGCAGGUAAGGCAAAAGAGUUUGAUAGCCCGACUCGUUUGCUUGAGAGCCACUCUCUUUUUGCGGCGCUGGUGCAAGAGUAUGCUCUCAGAUCUUCUGGAAUAUGAAAAUUAAAAAGGUUGCUAGAAAAAAUAUCUAAAGAUAUUAUUUUAACUGACUGGAGAAAAAAAAAUCGAGAUUGGUUCUUAUGUAAUUUUUGUUUAAGCAAUAAAACAGAAUUUGAAUAAUCAAAUGUUUUUGUAACCCAAACGACAUCGUUAAUUCAACGGUUUCAUUUUAGGACUCUU